UUCGUAGAUAUCCACCUGCCUCUGUCUCCGGAGUACUGGGAUUAAAGGCGUGAGUCACCACGCCAGAUCCUAGCUUUGUUUCCCUAUAAACUCAGUAUUUUAUCCUAAAUUGAGCACAAAAUCCAGUGAGACAGGCGAUUCGGUUUCAGAGCGGACGUGGGCAGGGUUUCCACACAAGAGGGCGGGCCUCGGCUAUAAAGCUGGGGACUCGCUGGCUUCCUGCCACAAGCCAGGCUGCACCUUCGUGUCGCCGCCAGUCUCCUGCCUACAGAUAAGUCAAGAAACAUGACUAUAUUUGUCAUUGUUACCAUCUUUACAGUCUGCUGUCACUUGCUAAAUGCAUUUACCAUCACGGCUCCCAAGGAACUGUAUGAGGUAGAGUAUGGCAGCAACGUCACAAUUGAAUGCAGAUUCCCAGUAAAACACCAGCUGGACCUGCUUUCAUUAGUUGUCUACUGGGAAAAGAACGACAAUCCAGUUAUUCAAUUUGUAGAUGGAAAGGUAGACCUGAAGCAUCAACACAGCAGCUUCAGGGGGAGAGCCUGGUUGCCAAAGGAACAGAUUUUAAAGGGAAAUGCUGGGCUCCAGAUCACAAACGUGAAACUGCAGGAUGCGGGUGUUUACGGUUGUAUGAUCAGCUAUGGCGGAGCAGACUACAAGCGGAUUACACUGCAAGUCAAUGCCCCAUACCGAAAAAUCAACCACAGAAUUUCCAUGGAUCCAGUCACGUCCGAGCAUGAACUAACAUGUCAGGCUGAGGGCUACCCAGAAGCUGAAGUCAUCUGGACAAACAGUGACAAACAGUCCCUGAGUGACAAGACUACUGUCACCAUUUCCCAGACAGAGGAGAAGCUUUUCAAUGUGACCAGCACUCUGAGGAUCAAUGCAACAGCUAAUGAUGCUUUCUACUGUACUUUUUGGAGAUUACAGUCAGGGGAAAACCACACAGCUGAGUUGAUCAUCCCAGAACCGCUCGCAGAAUUUCUCCCAAAUAAGAGGACUCAUUGGGUACUUCUGGGACCGCUCCUGUUGCUCCUUGUAGCAUCCAUAGUCUUCUUCUGCAUAAGAAAACGAGUGAGAACUUUAGAUGUGGAAAAGUGUGGCAUCGAAGACACAAACUCAAAAAACCAAAACGAUACGCAGUUCGAGGAGACGUAAACAGAGUUGAGGACUCCAGUCAUCAAGGAGGGAUUGCCAGUCUGUGGUGUGUGAAAGAAGAGGUCCUUGGGAUGUAGGGCCAAGGACUCAAGAUGAAACCUGGGAAGAAAAGAGAACGAAGAAAGUGUUGGAAGGGGAGCCUGACACAAAGGACAUUUCUUCAGAAGACACCGAUAAGCAAGUUGUCCAUCAAUCAUCUUGGAAAAGUGGCUUGAGAAUCCCCGACUUAACAUCUGGUCCUUGCAGAAGUGCCCUUUCCCUCCACUCAGUGUCUGGAUGAGAGACAGAGAGAGAGUCACAAGUGGUGGAGUGUGAGUGUUUUCUAUUUAUUUUGAGCCUGUGUGUGCUUGUCGUGGGAGUGUAGUUGUGAUUGAUGCAUUCUAAAGCCAUAAUAGAUGUUAAAAUGUAGUCACCAAACUCAACGGCUGCUUGUCACCUUGUCCAUAGGCUGAGAAGCAUGCGCAUCUGUGAGGCGCUUGGUGUCCUCUGUAACUACUGGUACAAGUAGGACACAUGGAGGACCCAUGAUUGGUUUGAUAGGGCUUUUGCUGCUUGACUUGAGUAAUCUUUAUUCUCAGUCCUCGAGGCUCUUUGGUAGUAGUUGUUCCGUUUAAGUGUCAGCUUUACAAGUGUCUGAUACUACACUUAACAAUCUCAUUUCAUCUCCAUAGCAACCCUCAUGGUAACCUCUAUUAUACUCACUUCAUAGCCCAAGAAGCUGAGCAGUUAAGUAACUUGCCCAUGGGACAAAAGCUAUCAGAUCUCUGUCUUUCAGCCACUAUCCUUUUAGAAUACAAUUUGCAGCUAAGAAGUGGAUUUUUAAAAAUGGCUUAUUAAGUAGCAUUGCAUAUCACACCAUGCCUCUAAUACUGUGCUGGCCCUUGAGCAUAGGUAUGUAAGCCAGAGUACUGGUUAGACAUGCUUAUGCAUGUUCAAUACUCAAAGCAAUGCUCAUCAAUAAGGAGUAUAUAUUUAAAUGACUCUGGAAAGUAACUCUUGAGUUCCUUGUCUAGCAUUAUAUUUAUCCCUGAUUUGUUAUCUUUGCCAUACAAUAUCAUGUCCUCCACAUAAUAUCUAGUAUUGUUUAAAAGUUCUUUUUUAUUUUUCUAUCCAAAUAAUAUUGAGGACUGGAGAGAUAACUCAGCUGUAAAAUCCUCCAGAACCCACAUUAAAAUAAACAGUUGGGUAUGUCUGCACGCUUUUGAUCCCAGCACCGGGGCAGAGACAGGCAGAUCCCUAGCUCUGGUUGGCUAGCUGGCCUAGCCUGCGUGGGCCUAUGAGAGCUGCUGUCUCAAAAAAAUGAAGUGGACAGUGCCUGAGAAAUGAAGCCUCCACACACAUGUGCACCACACACUCACAUACCUACAUGACCCUCCUGCACAUGAACACACGUGCAAUCCAAACACAUGUGAACAGGAAGCUGACUCAGAAUGGUCCCGAAGACAAACAAAACUCUAGUCCAUCACCGUACCCUUGCUACUCCCUUCCCAGAAGCAACUGAUACUGGUUUUUGCACUUAUAUUUCCUCAAAGACAGUUAAUAUGUAAAUAUAUGUUAAAGUAACUAUUUUUUAACUCCUAAAUGGUAGCUCACUGUGCACUUGAUGUAUACUUUGCCCUUUUAAUUUAAUGUAUGGAUCCUUAUGCAGCUGCUAGAACCUAUUUCAAGAUCCAAGAAGGGUACUGCCUCGUUUCUCGGUUUUCCUUCCCAUCCCUCCAGGUACCUCUCAUGCUGUCUAGGCCAGACACUGUGUCCUCUGUCUGUGCCUGUAAAAUACCAUUUGUAGAACACUUACUCGCUGGCUGAGUUUGUUUUUUCCUUAUUUGUGUCUGUUCAAAGGGAGACCAUGAGUCCCCAGGGUCUACAGAGUCAACCCAAUACCAGGGGUAGCCUUAUUUGAAACUCGGUGACAGCAGCAGAUCUGGAGUGGUGUUGUUACUGUCUUUCUCCUCUGCUUCUUUUCUCUAACACAGAUGUUCCAUUUGCUUAUUAGAGGCUGUCCCUGGAAAUCCCAGCAUUGCUCCUGGGUUACUGGCCGUCCUGACCUGCAUCAGGAAAAGUCCGUUAGCUCUGUGUGAGCCCUUGAAGGCUCUCAUCAGCACAGUAGAUUUGAGAAUCAGGGCUUCUUGAGGGAGGAAGGGACUAGGAGCCCAGAGCUUUCUUUGUUUUGUCACAUGUCAAGAGUGAAGAAACAGUCUCUAGUCCAGCACUCAGGAGGCAGAGGCAGGCAGAUCUCUGUGAGUUGAGGCCAGCUUAGGCUACAUAGAGUUCCAAGUCAGCCUGGUCCCCAAAGGAACCCUUCUAUUACCUGUUAACACAAAUUUGUUUGCGGGAUGAUUCUCAUGGCAAUGUCUUGUUUGUGUGAAUUUUAAAAACAAAUACAGUUGAUUCACUUUACUUGAAAUCUUAACACCAUCUCAUGGUGUUGUAUUGUAAAGGCACUUUAUACUUUUGUGUUGUGUAUCACCAUAACUGGAAAUUUUAUUUUGCAUCUAAUUGUCAUUGUAUUGCAUUAAUUUAAUAAAAUAUUUUUAUUUAUUAAA